AUGGCCAAGAUAAUCUCGACGAUCAAGGCCAUCCUCACGAGGAUCAUCUUCAGUGCGCACAGCCUGCUGGCCAUUUGGCAGGUGGUGGCCCUCAAGAGCGAUAUCAUAUACUGGGCACUAUGUGGACCACUGCUGUUGCUGCUGCUCGAGGGCAUCUUCACCAUCAUGAUCAAGAAGACGCAGGAGUGGCGCUGGUUCUGCCCCUCGGUGUUCCUCUACCUGAGCAGCAUUGUGCCGGCGAUAUGGCUCCUGGAGCUGGACAAGGUGGCCCGGCGCGUGGGCAACAUGACUGCGAUCAACUCGACGGUGUACAGUCCGAGCAACUUCAGCAUUCCCGUGGGCAACACCACCAUCUACAUCAGCAGCACCAACAGCAGUGGCGUGCCGCCGGUGGCCACUCUGCUGGGUCAGGCCGGGGUCACCCUCUCGGUGACCCCGGACACCUGGACAACCCUCAUCGAGCAGUUCCUCAUGCUCAUCCUCAUCGUGGGUCGCUGGCUGCUGCCCAAGGGCGAUCUAACCCGGGAUCAGCUCAGCCAACUGCUCCUGGUCUACAUUGGCACGGCGGCGGAUAUCAUUGAGUUCUUCGACUCCUACAAGGACGACUCCAUAGCCAAGAUUGGAUUUCUGGUCUUUCUGACACUGGGCAUUUGGUCCUGGAGCCUCAUGCAGUUCACCAUCGUGCUGUCCGCCACGCGAGGACGACGACCACGAGGCAGUGGCUCGCAUCACAAGGAGGAACAUACAGACUGCUGCCAGAACUGCUGCUGUGGCAUUGACGUGUGGGGCAUCGUACUCAAUGUGAUCCUGCAGGACGCCCCCUUCCUCACCUUUCGCCUGCUGAUCAUCUUCCAGUACAAAAUCAUUAACUACAUGAACGUCUUCUUCACAUGCAAAAACUCGUUGGUGAUCAUCCUGCAGCUUUAUCGGCUAUAUGUGGUCAACGCCGAGUUCUGGAAAAAUCGGCGCGAAAGUCGAAUGGCCAAGGCGCGCCAGUUCCAAUCUCGUAGGAAAGUGCAGGAUGCGGAUCAGAAUAGCAUUUACAUGAUAUCCAACGAGCGGGGUGGUGAUGUCAAGAAGAAGAUCAAAAGAGCAAAGGACAAGGACUAUGCCGAGCAGGAGGCGGUGUACAGCAAAAAGAAGAAGGACAAGAAGGACAAGAAGAAGCGCAAGCGCAAGGACACUGGCUACUCCACGGCCAGCUCGCAAAACCUGUACUCCACGAAGGCGAGUGGCACGGACAAGGAGUCGCGCCGCAAGGACAAGAAGGCCAAGAAGUCGAAGCGCACCUGCAGCAGUUCACCGAGUGACUGCGACCUGGCCAAAAAGCAGAAGCGCAAGAACGCGGAUAAAAACGAUAAGAAGAAAUCCCGCAAAAUCGAGGCAGUUGUGGAGGAGUCGAGCAGCUCGAGCAGCAGCAGCUCCGACUCCAGCAACUCCACGCUGCCCAGCUACGAGGUUAUCGACGAGAAGAAGGCCAGGCGCCGGAAGCACCGCGGUAGUAGUAGCGACACCAGUUCCGGGGACAGCAGCUCCUCCAGCUCCUCGUCCUCCAGCUCGGACUCGUCGUGA